AGUUCAAAAUUGCAACGGAAAGCAAGAGACAAAAAUAAAGCAAAUCAAUAUCACAGAUAUUCUCUUGCUGGAACCACCACACCCGCGACCCAUGGCUAUGGUUAUUGACUCUAAUCUCGAAUCUGGCUUCCCCUACUGGACUUCUGUUCGACGUCGUUUCGGUCCCGAUUCUCCGUUCUUCGCUUCUGGCAACAUCGAACGCGAACUUCUUGCCAAACAGAUUGCGUUUGAUUUAAGUGAAGAUGAGAAGUGUCAAAUUGCGAAUAUGGUUACUGAGGAUGGCAGGGGAGUUUGUUGUCCAAUUGUGGGUUGUAAUGCACGCUUGACCUCUUUGGAGGAGUUUGAAGAUCAUUAUAAUGCAAGGCAUUCUGCAUCUUGUUCAGUGUGCUCUAGAGUUUACCCUACCUCACGUCUGCUCAGCAUACAUGUAUCUGAAGCUCAUGAUUCUUUCUUUCAGGCUAAAGUUGCACGUGGCUAUGCUAUGUAUGAAUGCCUGGUUGAAGGCUGUGGGUUGAAAUUCAAGAGCUAUAAAGGCAGGCAACAGCAUCUUGUAGACAAGCAUAAGUUUCCCACUUCAUUUGAGUUCUUAAAAAUGUCCCAUCCAUCCAAGAAACAGAGGCAAAAGAACCAACAUAAAGAAAACAUACACAAGAAGGAAGCAAUGGAAGUAGAAAAUGAAACCAUUGAUGGCCUCGUUUCAGCAGUCUCAAAAUUAAGCACUUCAGACUCCUCUCCUUCAUCCAUCAGCUUUGGUCGUCGCCACACUCGUGGCUUGACAUUUGUGCCUCGAACUGUUCAGUGCGAAAGAAAGGCAGACUCCACGACAACUGGAGCAAAAAGAUAACCAUAUUAGUCUAAUUGAAACCUCAUCCUUCGACUUCAGCAAUGAACUCGCAAGCAGAUUACAAGUUGGUGAAAGGAUGUGUGAAGCCAUGCUCAUUGUUGUGAGAAUUUCCAUCUUAUUUUGGUUUUAUAGCCUUCCUUUUGAAAGUAAUAUUGGUUGCGUUAUAAUACAAUUGAUAACGAAGGAUCACUUGAUUAGUUUAUUAUUUGUAUGAAAUCAUUGAGGAAGAAAUUAUGAUUGCA